CGGGGUGCUGCGGGGUAUGGCGCCAUUGGGCGGAAGCGCCGACACGAGGUACACCAUGCACGGAAGCCCUGUCCUCCUCCAAGAAGAAAACUUCUCCACGUGGAAGCAUGCGUUCGCCAUGGCGGCUACGGCGCAUGGAUGGAUGUCGUAUUACACAUCGCCUUUCUUUGAAGACCCCCGCGUACUGACACAAACGAUGGCGGCCCUGCAAGUUGCCAUGGAUGCAGAGCUGCUGCGGCAGCCUCAAAUGCUUCAGCACACGACGGCUCACGAAGACAAGGAUGCGUCGCUUGUCGAGCAGAACCUCCACGACUCCCUCCGUCGCGAUGCACUUCGACAGCACAAAUUUCGCGAACUGCAUGCGCACGUCGCGGCGGAAUUCCAAGUCCAAGCUCGAUUGUUCAUAUCGUCGUCCCUUUCCCAUCCAUUGCAACUCGCCGUGCAAUCAAUCGAGUGCCCAUAUCGUAUGUACACGUUUCUUCAAGAUCGAUUCGAGCACGACGCCAUGGACUCGCUGGACGUCCUGCGUCUGCUCCUGGCCCCGAUCGCCCUGGAACGUCCAGACGAGCGCAUCCUUUCCUUUCAUUUUGAUCGCAUCGACAUCUUACUCGGCCGAUUUCAGUCCAAGAUCAUUCCUCCGCAUUGGGCUGCAAUGUCGACAGCCGAUUACCAUUUCCACGUUUGGACGCACUCCACGCCGCCUUCCUUCGCCACAGUCUCACGAACAUCACCGUCGACAUGGUCCAUCGAUCUACGUUUUCUUCCAGAGGAGAGGACGUCACCGAGGUCAACCGGCUCAGGAACCACAUCUACCGCCAAUUUAAGCAGUCGCCACCUCCUCAAGCUCGCGACUCCUCACCACCGCCUCAAGACAAACCCGCUGACAGCUUGAGACCAACGUCGCAGGAUGGCGUCGAAGCAGGGGGCGCAUGCACUGAACAGCAACCUGCACGACCCUUGGACGACCAGAACCAGGUCCAAAUCGAAGGACUUGGGCCAGCCAGCGUCGAACUCGAGGCUUCAGUUCAUUCCCACCGCCUCGAGCGAUCCCCCGUCCCACACCUCCGCGCGGAGGAUGCACAACUUUGUCUGCAUGCUGAACACCCGAUCGUCAACCCACACCAAGACGAAAGCACCCCGUCGCCACAGGCAUCACGACCACCAGUGCCCACAUAUCCUCCUGCC